AUGAGGUUGAUAUGCAUGUGGUGUGCGGUGAUGGCGGCGGCGCGGGCGCAGGACGACUUCUACACGCCGCAGACCUUUAAGCAACAUGUGAGGGGAGCACUCUUCCAGCCCAUGCAUCAACCCUGGAACAUGCCAAAGGAAAUGGACAGAUUGGAGUCGUAUCAAAAGGGCAUGUUCACGCCGGCCCUGCGUAACGACGUGGACCCCCAGGCGAGUCAGAAUUGGAGACCUUCUGUGAACGAGCGAGAUUGGCGAGGUUCCCCAAGCCCGCUCGCCCCCGCAGCGCCCCUGCAGCCGAUCCUCCAACCGGAGCCCUGGAGGCCGCCCUUCAGUCCCCAGCUGACUAAGGAACAGCAAGCCGCCAUCUUGCAUCACAAGCAGGCUCUUACAUCAGAUGGCGCCUUCCGUUUCGAGUACGCCUCGGACAACGGCUUGGCCGCCGGAGAGCAGAUUGAACCCGACGGGACCCGGGUCGGAGCCUACCAGUACAAGGACCCGAGCGGGCAGAUCGUCAAGCUGAAGUACCGAGCUGGGAAGGAAGGUUUCCAGAUCCUCGAGGGCAGCCAUCUCCCGAAGAGCCCAGAGCCAGUAGCACCGCCUACUUCUGACCAGCAUUACCAGCAGGCGUACCAGCAGCAACGGCAGCAAUACGACUUGCAGCAGCAAUACAACCAGCAGCGAAUAGAACCCCAGCAGCAAAACUGGCAGCAAAAUACUGGUGGAGAGGGCGCACUACAGAGGGCGACAGCAUCGCAAUAUUACCCUCAGAGUUGGAGGGCGCAGGGCCAAGAGGAUGACGGACAGUACCGUCCGCAAGAGAACGAAGUGCAAAGUGGGCCUCACAACUUCGGCGAAGGCUUUGCCUUCUCCUUCCAAGGUUAACCAGUAGUUAUACAAAUAUAGGCAGUAAUUAUAGGUAUUACCACUUCAAUACCUUCACGACAACGUGUCGUAAUCGGCUGAACAGCUCUGCUUGAAGAUUACUCUACGGUUUUUCCUACUUGGCCAGGGAUCCUCUAAAAUCGCAUGCCAUUUGUUGCAUUAUCUGUAAAAGCCUUUAAAUAAUAAACACACUAAGGUUAAACUUGUACUGUUAAAUGUUCUAGUCUCUGAACUACUUUGUAUUUUGCUACUAUAUACGAAAACUAAAGAAUUUCUGAAAUGAAUCUUAGCACGGUAAAAAAAUCCAACAACAAGAAACUCUCAAAAAUUUAAAGUCAUAGUAAUAUAACUAAAUAACUAUGCAUAUAAAAAAUCGUAUUUGGUACAAUUGACGAUAAGUUUUUUUGUAUUACUGACUAUUUCGACUGACAUUGUCAUGUUAAGUAUAUUUUUCAAUUUUGUAUUUAUUUAUAUAUACUGUAAAUGACUUAAUAUUUAUAAUAUCGUAUAAUAUAUCAGUCAUAUUGUUACUAAAAAUUCAUUUCAAAACGAGUUAUCGCUCUUUCCGAAAGUCCGCCUUCCUUGGAAUAGGUGAGAUAUUUUAAAAUAUAUUA